UCAAUUUUUAAGGUAGCUUUUCUUUAUCUUUUCAUUUUUUGGACUUGGAACCAGCAAAUCUUUCUACCAGUAUUCUUUUAAAAAAGCAUAGAAUUUUAAACAUGAGUAAGCCUCCUUCUCAAUACCUUUCCUGUUCUUCAUGUUAUCUGGGAUGCACUCAACUUUGGUUCUGUUUCCGUUUUGAGUUAUUGCGUCUCUUCCUACAUGGUUUAGCUUGUAAUAUCUUGUCGAGUUUAUUAUCGUAUGGUACUUUCCCUUAACAUAAUUGCGAUAAACUGUUACUGGUUCAACUGACAUACACCUUAUUUUUUAUUUGGGGUUUUUAUUUCUAUGUACUUUUUUACUAAGUAUCUAUUUGUCUGUGCUAUUUCAUUUACUAAGACAUUGAUAAGAGCUGGAUUACAAAGCCACGAGGUAGUACAGAAUAUAGGGAUGGACUCAAUAUAUUCCUCGACUUCGCAUUUGCCAAUGCAUCAUCCGAUGGGAUGAUACAUUGUCCAUGCCCUAUGUGUGGGUUCUGGUUUUUCCAGACUAGAGAAGAUGCAUACGAUCAUCUUCUGAUGAAACCAUUUCCCCCCAACUAUACCUUUUGGUUACAUCACGGUGAGAGGAUAAUAGACGAGAGACCCAGCGGUAGGGAAGAACUAGAUCCCACUAUAAAUUCAGGAGAUCAAAUGCGUGACAUGAUCCACGACGCAUUCAAUUUGCGGGGACUGCAGAGCGAGGAUGACGAUUCCAUGCAUGGGCAUGCUGGAUACGUUGCGGAUGGGUUGCCGUACUUAUCUGAUGAACCUAGUCACGAGGCUCGUGCCUUUCAAGACUUGCUUAAUGACGGCGAGCAGGAAUUAUAUCCGGGAUGUUCAAGAUUCUCGAAGCUGUCUUUCCUGGUUAGGCUGUACCAUAUAAAGUGCAUGUGCGGAGUGAGCAACAAGGCUUUUGGAUUGAUUCUAGAGCUAUUGGGGGAUGCCUUUGAGCAUGCACAGAUUCCGAAGACCUUGCACGAUGCCAAGAGGAUCAUAAGGAGGCUGGGUAUAGAGUACAAGAAGAUAGAUGCAUGUCCGAAUGAUUGCAUGCUAUACCAGGGUCCCGACCACGACCUGUCUAGAUGCAAACGGUGUGGAGCAUCCAGAUGGAAGCAGAAGACCAGGAAGAAUUCAAUAGUAAGGAUCAACGCUGUUGUCAAGAAGAAUGGUAAACCUCAGGCGGCGAAAGUUCUUCGUUAUUUUCCUCUGAUUCCACGGUUGCAGCGGUUAUUCAUGUCCAGCAAGACUGCUGUGGACAUGUUGUGGCACAAGAGAGGCACCAACUCUGACGGUUUCUUGAGGCAUCCCAGAGAUGGCGAGGGUUGGAAAGCAUUUGACAUGAGAUAUACUGACUUUUCGGGCGAUCCGCGCAGUGUUCGCUUAGCCUUGGCCAGUGAUGGCUUCAAUUCUUAUGGAAACCUCAGUUCAAAGUACUCAAUAUGGCCAGUGAUUCUAAUCCCAUACAACUUACCCCCUGGAUUUGCAUGAAACAAACCAACUUCAUACUCUCUAUGAUUAUUCCCGGUCCUAAAAUGCCUGGCAAUGACAUAGAUGUAUACCUGCAGCCCCUGAUCGAUGAGUUGAAGCAGUUGUGGGCCGGUGUUGAUACCUACGACGCCAGUGAGAAGAAAACAUUCAAGAUGCGUGUUGCGUUGAUGUGGACUAUCAGCGAUUUUCCUGGCUUGGGCAAUUUGUCUGGUUGGAAUACGUACGGCGGGAGAGCCUGCCCCACGUGUAACUUGGACGCCGAGACUAUGCGACUCACUUUCAAUUAAAAAUGGUGUUAUAUGGGUCAUCGACGCUUCUUGAAUCGCGAUCACAGAUAUAGAAGAGACCGGAUUAGAUUUGAUGGUAAAGUAGAGGAUAGAUCCCCACCUACCAAAUUGACUAGCAGGGAUGUCCUGAGACAAUUGGAGGGUGUGCCCGUCUCACAGGGCAAGGUGUAUGCGGUGGACAGUAAAAGAAGACGUGGCCAACAGACCGUGGUGCAAGACGAGUCACCUUGGAAGAAGAGGAGUGUAUUCUUUGAGUUGCCUUACUGUGAGUACAACGAAUUACGUCACAACCUUGACGUCAUGCACAUCGAGAAGAAUGUGUGCGAUAACAUUGUAUUCACCAUGUUGAACGAGAGCGGUAAAUCCAAAGACCACCUGAAAGCUCGUAAAGAUCUCUAGAUGAUGGGAAUCAGGCAUGAUAUGUGGCCACUUGAAGGUGGAAAGUAUCCCGCUGCAGUCUUUACCAUGUCGAACUCAUAGAAGGAUGUAUUUCUUAGGACCAUCAAGAAUGUGGUUUUUCCAGACGGGUACUCUAGCAACAUCUCUCGCUGUGUUGACUUAAAACAGCGCAAGUUAUUUGGUUUGAAGAGUCAUGACUGCCAUGUUCUAAUGGAACAUCUAUUGCCAAUUGCGUCAAAACACGUAUUGCCGACCCCAGUGUUCGCCGUCUUGGCCGAUUUAUCAGCCUUUUUCUGACUAAUAUGCAGUAAAUCCAUAGAUCCUCAACAACUUCCUCUCCUUCAGGAUCGUGUGGUCCAUACUCUGUGCCACAUGGAGAUGAUAUUUCCACCUUCCUUCUUUACAGUCAUGGUUCAUCUAACGGUGCAUUUGGUCGAGGAGGUACGUCUCGGUGGCCCAGUGCACUACCGGUGGAUGUACCCAAUCGAGAGGUAAAGAUCCACUUAAGAUUUCUCGGCCUGUUUUAUUAGGAUAGCUAUCACCUAUUAAUUUAUAUGUUACAUUCUCGAAGGUACCUAUGUCGUCUCAAGCAGUACGUGCGUAACAGGGCACAACCAGAAGGAUCGAUAGCAGAGGGCUACCUAUCCGAGGAGAUUCUCACAUUCUGUUCAAGAUACCUAGAUAACGUCGAGACUAGGAUCAACCGACCAACGCGCGUUGACAACCGGCCGAGCGAUGCCUGGCCGAGUGAGAUUGCCAACUUGUUCCCAGAGGUUGGAAAGGCGGUCGGGGCAGCCUCAUUUUUCAAACUAACACCCACCGAAAAGCUUCAAGCACAUCGUCAUGUACUGGUCAACUGUAUUGCUAUAGAGAAAUUAUUGGAGUACGUGCAGAGCCUGAGUUCUAAAUUUAUCCCGUGAGCCAAUUCGGUAUAGAUAGUACUGAACUUGAAAUACCUUUUUGUGUGCACAGUGAGUUCAGAGCCAUCACAUAGAGAAAAUUGCGAAGUAAAACAAGGUCCCAGUCUCACGUAGAUAAUGUUGUGCACAGAGAAUUUUUGAACUGGCUCAGGCAUACGGUAAUCUUAAUAUCUCCUGGAUCCUACUACCAUGUUAUGCUUUCUUGCCUCUAAUUGUUCAAUGCCAGGUCACAUUUGGAAGCGCCAAUCAUUCGAACGAGUUGCAAUGGCUUGCUUGCGGUUCGAAUGCUCAGGCCAAACGCUAUGAGGCGUACAACAUCAAUGGAUUUAAAUUUAGGACCAUGUCGAGGGAGGAAGGAAUGAAAACACAGAACAGCGGGGUUUAUGUCACUUCGGAUACUAGAAGUUAUGCAAGUAAACGGGAUGCCAAUGUUGCUGUUGGCGGUGUCUCGUAUUACGGGAGAUUAGUAGACAUCAUCGAGCUAAAUUACAGUGGUCAAUUCAAUGUAGUCUUGUUCAAGUGUCUUUGGGCGGAUACCACGUCGGGGAGAGGUAUCCGACAGGAUGUUUUCGGCCACACCUGUGUCAAUUUUGUGACACCGAUUCACACCGGUGAUCGAGAAGACGAUGAGCCAUACAUCUUGGCAACUGAGGCGCGUCUUGUAUUCUACGUGGAGGAUGAGGUGGAGAGCGGAUGGAGUGUAGUAGUCCAUGUGAAACCAAGGGAUUUGUUUGACAUGGGCGAGGACUAUGAACAUUGCGAGGUCGACCUUCAUCCACAACCCUGUAUGACUAGCUUGCCUGAAUUUGAUGUCGAAGGCCUGCGGUUGACAAGAGAUGGUGAUUUAGAGGAAUCCAUUACCGACGGGGUUGAAGACUGUGAUGAGGCAGCCGAUUCCUAAGAGAUUGGAUUGUAUUUAAUGGAUUCUAUGUUUGUCAUAUCGUUGGACAAUAGGUCGAAUUGAUUGAGACUUCUUAGAUUUUUUAAAACUUAUCCUCUCAUGUAAACUUAUGCUGUCCUUGGACGGUCUUUCUAUCUCUGUUGACUUUCAGGGAAAUUGGAGAGCAGAGAAGAUGAUAGAUGCGUCUCCUUUUUCUCUUCGUUGGAGGUUGCAACCUCGUUUGCAAGGCAGCUGUGGUUCAGAGAGUCCCCUAUACAAUCAUGGUUGGAUGCCUUCUCUGGACAAAGUCACCUCUUUCGAGCCAUUCGUUAUGCCCCAGGAUCAAUGAUGAGGGAAUUGCUUCAUUGGGACCGACAGUACCGAGCCAAAUAUGGGUUUGAGUUUAUAACAAGUACGGACUCGUGGGAGUCGCAGAAAAUACUUGAUGAGGUGAAGGUACGCUAUGAAAAUACUCUUGUUGUUGAACUGGAUAUUGCAGCACGAGAGGAAUUCAAACUCAUAGAACAUGGACUUGAACGACUAUGGGAACGAUUAUCUCGAUCCCAGGUUUAGGAGGCACCCGAAGAAACGGGGGAGGUGGUACCGGAUUCAGUGGAGAAAGAGGCUGUUGUCUCCUCCGAAAGCUCUAAAGAGGCUGAUUCUGCUGGACAAAAGGCCUCGAUGCUAUCAUAUAACCUCAAUAAAAUGCCGGACGAGAAUGAAUAUCCAUAUGGUGGAAUGUCCCCUGAUAAGAAGAAUGCGUGGCACCUAGCUAUGUGGGCGACACGAUACCUGAACCCUUGAAGAUAUUGCAAUAGUUCUAAAAAUUUGGGGUUGGAUUUAUAGGCUGCCCAAGACUUCUGUGUUGAAGUUGUCGUGACUUAAUGGAACUCUUUAAAUUGCUUAUAGGGAUUGUUAGUAUGCUGCAUGUUGAAUGCCCUUGGUCUACUGUUUUACCCAUUUAUGCAGUUCUUUAACUUGACUGUUUCAAGUUGUUGAUUAAUAUAAAUUUUUUGGACAAUUAGUGACCUA